AUGUAAAAAAGCUUUGUAGUUUGAUGCCUUUUAAGUAAUGGUUUAAAUUGAUAACUAAGAUUGAUAAUUUUGUUCAAAGAUUCAUAUUUUGACAAUAAUUGGCAAUAAAGAAAAUGGAAUUAAAGUUAAAAUAAUCGGUAUAUUUAUUAAUUAAAUGUUUUUACUAUUCAUACUUGCAAGUACAUACAUAGUUUGAUCUCAUAAUUGAAUCCUACAAAUUAUUACAAAGUAUCUACACUAUUACAAUUAUGAACUUUGAGAUAGUUACAUUUAACAAUGUUACUACAUAAAGGAAAGCAAAUAUCUUGCAUUAAAAUAUAUAAUUGUCAAACACAAAACUCUGUAAAUAUAUUUACAACGUUUCUUAGUAUCUUUUAACUAUCUGCUACUUUAUAUUGACUGUUAAACAAGUAACAUAUGUCACUGAAACAAAUACUUUUGAAUAGUCGACAUCAUUCUACUGAUAAUCUUGGAAUGGAUGGUGAAAUCGAAUGAAUGUAAAAUGUAAUAUUGUGUGUGUCUGGGGAUAGGUGGGUGUUAUUUAUUAAAUAAAAGGGUUUUAGUGAAAGUCUUGAAAUAACCAGAGCGUUAUGUAGACACUCAGCACUUAAUUUACAAAUUAAUUAAAUUCAUAUACUGAUAUAUUUAUAAAAUUUUAUUAAGUUUUUUCAUCAUAAUACAUUCAGCCAAAAUAUGGGUAAGAACAAAACUUUCCUCUUCUGUAGCUUAAUGUUUUUGAAAAACUUUCUUAAAAUUACUUAUCGACGACAAAACUGCGUUGUUACGACUACGGAGUGUACCUUCAGAGACCUAUAUUGGAGAAUUGUUUUCUAAAUUUGGCCGCUGUAUAAAGAGUCGGCAUGUUAUCGGUAACAUGUGAUGACUUGUCAUCGAUUAUUUUCUUGAUUAAGAAGAAAUUGUUGAUUUUAUGACAACAACAAUUAUACUGUAGAAUUCAAAGCUGUGUGCGAAAUAAAGAUGGUUUAAAUUAAUUCUUUUUGCAUAUUUAUACAAAAUUUAUCAGUUUUUUUAACUAUAUUUUAAUUCUAAACAAAGUAAUUCUGUUAAAGUAUUAAAUAUCUGAAUAUAAUUGAAAAUAUUGGAAAUUUUUCUGAACAGUUAAUUUAUUCCAAAGCUGAUACAAUUCCAAAGAAAUUUUGAAAUUAAUAUUUGCUUACAGCAUGUGUAAGUUAUUAGUCUUUGUAAUUCCAUUAUGAAGUACUAUAGUCUUUGAUCUUUUGAUUUCUUUCUGUUUCAGUGAAGUAGAAUUUUGUUGCAAGCAUCUGUUUAAUUUGAAGAUACGUUGUAUUAGAAGAAGUUAUAUUUUAGCAUAAAUUUAAUCUUUAAUUUUGAAUAAACUUAUUAUUAAUUUGUUACUUCAUUAUAAUUCUUAAUCGUCUUUAUGUUAGGAAUUCCAUAAUACAUUGUUAUUUAUCUUGAAGGUAAUUUAUGCAAUUACUUUUUAUUGUUGUUGCUGUUAAAAUAAGUCUGAUUUACUAUUUUGGUGUAGGGUUGCCAUUAUUUGUAUUGUUGUUGAUGAGUUUUAUUUGUAAAAUUAUUUAUUUAAAUGUGUUAAAGAUUGUUCUCUUCUAAUGAUGGAAACAAAGCUAGAAGACCAUUGUGUACUUGUAUCAAAUGUAGAGUGCAAUUUGUGUUAUAUAUAAGCCUGCAAUUUAAGGGGUGAAGGUAGUUUGGAAACUACUACUAACUUUAAAAUCAAAGUAAAGUUUAAGACAUUUUUUAAGGAAUUUUUGGAAUAUAUUGAAAUAUUUUAAGCAUUUGGCCAUUGUCACUUCACAUUAAAGUUUAACAAUGUAUAAGGGUUUAUAUAAAUAACCAGUUAAUAAGUGAUGGAUGAAAUUGCAGAAAAUUUGCAUGCAAAUGCUCAGUGCACAAAGCUACAACACUAUAAGACAAAUAUCCAUAGCCUUGGAUAUUCAUUCAUAUGAUUGUUGUGGAAAAAUGGAAAGUGUCCAAAGAUGAGCAAUUGGUGUAAUUGGGUUCCUAGUUGCCAAAGGUUGUGAACCCACUGCAAUUAAUCAGCGAAUGCAAUAGGUAUAUAGUCCAAACACUCUGUCUUGCCUAGGUUAAAGUGUGGAUAAAAAAUUUUUGGAAGGACAUGCAUCAGUUGUGACAUCUGCAACAGGCGACCAUACCAUGUAAUCUACAAACAGUGAAAAAAAAAACCAGAUAAAACCUCCAAAUGGCUAUAGUCAGUAAUAGUUUUUGCUUCAUCAGUGGGCAAUCACAUGAAUUUUUUUUGAAUUUCCUCCAUUCGUAUAACACCUAAAUAGGGAUCAGUUUCCUACGGAAGGUCCUCCCAGGAGGCUUUCCCUCAGCAGAUUGCAUUGUUUUAUAAGUUUUCAUAUUUUGUGAAUUUACUAUUCUUUCCUGAGUUCAACAUUAUAAAAUGAUUGAAGAACACGAGGGAACAUUUAUUUAUUGUAUUUCAAAAAACAUCAGACAAAAUUUAGCUAAAUCCAUCACACUUCAUUUCUUAUGAAAUUAUAAUUAUGCAAAAUAGUUUAAUUGUGACAGAUGAGUUUUCAUAUUGUCAUUAUUAUAAUAACAUAACUGAAAUUUGUGGCAUUUUCAAGUAAUUUCAGUUAAGCAAAAAAAAUGAUCACUGUCAUCGACUCAAAUACUAUAUAAUUCUGUAAAAGUUGCAUAAAAUAUAUACAUUUACAACAGAAAAUGAUGAUAUAAGUAUGCAAAAUUUGUUGUCAAAUAAGAGCAAAAUGUGAUUUAACAGAUGUAAUUAUGAAUUGUAAUUGUUAUUCCAGAUUUAAUAAAAUUAUCGCAGCGAUAUUAAUGUUUUAAUGCUAUUAAUAAUAAUGAAAGCUCAAACUUUAUUUGCAAGACUUAUGAAUUUAUUAGUUUAGUCUGGGUUGGUUUAAGAAUUCCAGAAAUUUUCUCAUAUAAGAUGAAGACAGGCAAUUACAAUUUUAGCUAUUAAUCAGUUGAUUGUAGAUAAAUAUUCUUGCAAAGAUAUAUUCUAAUCAACAGAAAUCGCUAAAGAAUAAGUGUACUGUAGUAUGUCUCAAAAAGCAUGUAAAACCUUAAAUAUUUCUUAUUGUUUUUUUGAAAUCAAAUGGUUUUAAUUUAAAAUCUAAAUAGAUAAUUUAAGAUUUUGAUGGUAAUCCAGAUUUCUGCCCUACUCAUGUUUUUAAAUUUUGCAAUAUUGCACUUCUAGAAAGGAAGAAAACUUUUAUUAUAAAACCUUUCUCAUAAUUUUAUGUUUUUUGUGGAUAUAUCAAAAGAUAUUCUGCCAAAAUAUUUAAAAUUUAUGGAGAAAAGAUACAUAGAGAGAGGAGUGGCUGAAAGACAAAAGAUGGAUUGUGAAGUAUCAAACAAGAUGGAGUGGUUUCACCAAACUGAUUUGACAGCAGAAAACUGGAAACUUUAUUGGCAUGAUGAUAGAAGACUGUGUAGGUCAAAAAUUUUACAGGAAUAAUAUAUAAUUCUGUGCAAAGAUUUGAAUUUCUAAACUAAUGGAAGUAACAUUUACUUAACUGUCUGUUUUAAGGAAUGAACAACAAAAGUGUGUACUGAAACUACAGCCAAUCAAAUAAAAAGACAAACAUUAAUUGAAGUUAUUCAUUCUAAAUACUUGAUUAGUUUUUUAGCUUUCAGAAUGCUCUGCCUCUUUCUUAACACUUGAGCAGCAAAAACAGAAAAUCCCCAAUUUAAGAUUUGGAAGAUUGGAAAAAGUGAUUUGAUGAGGAUAAAUACUUGGUUACAUUAAGGACAACAAUAAAUUUCUGUUAUAAUUGCAUUAAAUUAUUUAGGAUGAUUAAGUGGAUAACAUUCAGAUUUUGAUUUAUUUGUCUUUGCUUAUAAUUAUUUAGAGUGAAAAUCCAUUCAGUAUUCAAGCUUGGAGAGCUCUUCUGCUAGUAAUGUUUGUGAAGGAGUGUCAAAUCUUCAAUUUAAAGGAGAGAAAGAUAUGUUUUAUCACCUUGUUUUAUUAUUAUGAAUCGUCAUGGAAAAUCUUAUUAGAAUUGUAUGGCUAAAUAGUUGAUAAAAAGGCUUUUUAUCGUCAUUUUUCUGGUCAAUCCCUUCUGUUCUUAGGUAUUUUUAUUGAAUACUUUCAGUUGAAUAGUUCCAUAAAUUGACAAUCUUCUGCCUGGCUGCUUCUGAUACCCAGAUUAUGAAGACAGGCUAAAUUCUCAACCCAACUUACUUAAUAGUAUAUUUAGUGGACAUGGACAACAUGAUGGCAUAGAAUAAAUGUUUGAUGGUACCUUUACCAAAAAUGAGUGGUAGGUUAUUUUGCAUGGGCAAAGUUGCAAAGACUAAAUGAUGGUAAGGGAUGUCUAAUUUGAUGAAAUGGAGUUGGCUCACACUGUGCAGAAAACAUUGAGCAAACUGAGGUUUUGAACUGACCUAAUAUUCCUCCUGAUUUCCUGCCUUAGCUCUUUGGAUUACCACUUCUUCCCCAUCUGAAACAAGAAAAGAAAACACAUUAGAAGACCAAAGAUUCAAUCUUGUUUUAAUGGGACAGAGACAAACUCCACUACAUAAAGUGCAUUGAGACCAAGGGCAAGGUGUUGGCCCACCAAUGGCCAAGCAGUUUUGUUCCCUGAACAUUGGGAGUUCAGUUGUGGGUUUGCACCUCGCCAGUACGGGCUGGCCAUUUGGAGUUUUCUGGGUUUUCUCCACGUCUGUAAUGUCUGAAUAGGGGCCAGUUACCCAUAAAAUGACCUCCCAGAAAGCAUCCUUCUAGGCAAAUUGCCCAAGUGUUGCAGUGCCAUAACUUAACAAAACAAACAGACAAAACUAAUGGCAAUGUGUCAAAUGAUAUGUUGUAGUCAUUCAGGUAUGAUAUUUGUUUCUGUAUUGUUUCAUUGCAUCACCAAGGCAAUGUUCUCCUCUUUAGAUAUUGUAUGGGCAAACCAAAAUAUAUAUAGUAGGAUCCUGCCAUAUAUGAUUAAAUGUUCUAAGACUUUGUGUAAGAGGAAAUUUGUAUAAAAUGGUAAAUUCCAUUAAUUAUUAAGUAUUUUCUAUACUAACAUAGUUGUUACAUGUUUUAUUUGAAAUAAAUGAUGUAAGUAAACAUUACAUAAACAAUAAGUAGCAUGGUACCAUAAAACUAAAAUUUUAAAUAUUUUUUCUAAAGUCGGCACUUUGCAGCUUUUAUUUGGCUUUUCAGUGUUACUAGCAUCACUACCCUUAUGUUUUAGAAUCUUGUUUGCAAAAUGAUUAGCAUAAAUGAAACAAAGAAUUACCAACAAUAUCACACAGACGUGUUACAAGCAAGAACUCCUGUUAAAGACUAUUGCAAAUUUAAUCGUCUAAUGCAAAACAAAGAAAUAAAUCACAGGAAUGCUUUCUUAGAAUGAGAAUGUGCACAACUCAUGCACAUUAACAACUAAGUGAGAUGCUGCAAGACUUUGUGUACCUUAAAAAAUGGUGCAGAUUUAGUUUGCAAUUAAGAAUUUUUAUUUUAUUUCUCUUCCAAAUUCCCAGUACCAUAAACCCAAAAGAGUAUGUGACAAACUGUGUAUGGUGGGGACCUACUAUGUGUAUUUUGGUUAAGAGCAGAUCAUUGACAAUAAAUUAUAUUUCUCUAUUUCUUUGGAACUUACUCUUAUUAGGUUUUACGAACUGUUUUUGUGAGCGAAAUCAAAAUUUUCAAAACAAAUAUUUAAAAAUUAGAUUACUACUUACGAAAUUCUUACUGUCUCUCCCAAAAUGAAUAAAGUUGAUUUAGUUUUGUUCUUGCCUUGAUUGGUAAAUAAAUAAUUCCCCAAAACACUUAUUUUGAGUAAAUUACAGUAACUAGAAAAGAAAACUACAUAAACGAUAAUAACUAAUUAAUGUCGUUCAAUUUUUCUCCUCAAGCUUGGGAGCACCUUUAUGAAAUUCCAUCAACGACGUGACACGGUUUGUCCCUUACUCGUGCAGGAAAAUGGUCUACAGUACCCUCUGGGGAUAUAUAAAUGCACGUAAUGCCAAUAUUUAGUAAAUUGAGUGUGUUAGUAAUUUAUGAAAAUAAUUGUUUUGUGACGCUUUUAAAGACAAUUAAAUGGUGUAAAGUAGAAUUGGAUUGCAGAAGUAAUACGUGCAUUAGGAUAAAGAACUCUGAACACCUGCUGACGACGGGGGCUAAAUAAACUUAUUUUAUCGCGAACUACGUAGUUAAUCGCAGACUGAAAUAAUUCUCUAUUUAAUGUAGCAUGUUAAUGAGAACUGCAUGGAGUUUAUUGAUGAAAAAUGUCUUUUCAGAUCACUUAAAGAAACCUUCAUCAUUAUUCUUUAAUUGAGAAAAGUGUCGAGAAAUAAUAUCCUUCACUGUCGUCAUCAGACAAAUUUCUAGCGACAAGGGCCGCUUGCAAUCCAUUCGAAAAUUUAAUGUGUUAUAAUGUUUUUUUUUAAAUAUAUAUAUAUAUUUAUAUACUUAAAGUUUUAUAACUAAAGAAUUGUUUAAGUUAAUGUUUAUAUUUUUCAUUACUGUGAGAACAAACUGAGCGGUGCAAGAGCCCUUGUCGAAAUAAGAACCAAAGGUAUAUGACUCGCUUUACAAGUAAUUGGAAAGUCAUUGGGAAAAGUCACUCGAGGAAGUUUAGUGUGUAUGGUGUGUGUGUGUGUGCUCAACAGACAUUACUAAUCACAAAAAGACUAUUUUUAGGCUCACCGUUGCGCUUGACCUCAAUCCUGAUGGUUAGAGAAAAAGGAGAUUGGAGAGUACACGUGGAAAGACUCCAGAUGCUCAGUCUAGAACAUAUCAGGUUAUUAUGAGAGAGCAAGCUUUGAGUAAAGAUCAGGUUGAAUUGAGAAAAAAAUUGGCUGAAAAAGCUAAAUCUGGGGAUUUGAAAACUGUGGCAAAUGGAGAUGCUUCGAAACCAAGUAAACGAAGGAGAUGGGAUCAAGCUACUGGUGAUGAAACACCUGCUACUCCAGCUAAGAAGAAAGCUUCCAGUUGGGAUAUGGCUGAAUCACAGACUCCCUCUCAGAGUCGUUGGGACGAAACUCCCGGUCGUAUACCUAAGGGUUCAGAAACUCCCGGUGCAACACCAGGAGCCAGCACACGUAUCUGGGAUGCCACUCCAGCACAUGCGACACCUGGUGCAGCCACCCCUGGACACGAUACUCCCGGUCAUCGUGCCACUCCGAGUGCAAGAAGAAACAGAUGGGACGAAACACCUAAAACAGACAGAGAAACACCUGGUCAUGGAAGUGGUUGGGCAGAAACUCCUCGCACGGACAGAGGCACAGAUUUGAUUCAAGAGACUCCCACUCCCAGUACUAGUAAACGGCGUUCUCGAUGGGACGAAACUCCUGCCUCACAGAUGGGAAAUCAAACCCCGCAGACACCCUCUAUGAUGACUCCCAGUGGAGUUACUCCAACCGGACCUAAAGCUAUGGCCAUGGCCACCCCAACUCCAGGUCAUAUAAUGGCAAUGACUCCAGAACAGUUGCAGGCUUAUCGGUGGGAAAGAGAGAUCGAUGAGAGAAACAGACCUCUUUCUGACGACGAAUUGGAUUCUAUGUUUCCUCCGGGUUAUAAAAUACUUCAACCUCCAGCAGGUUAUAUUCCUAUUAGAACACCUGCUCGUAAAUUGACUGCAACACCUACUCCUCUGGGAGGCACUUCUGGAUUCUUCUUUCAGAAAGAUGAACCUGUUAAAGUUGUAGAUACACAACCAAAAGGAAAUUUACCUCCAUUAAAACCAGAAGAUAUUCAAUAUUUUGAUAAAUUAUUGGCCGACGUUGACGAAGAAGCCUUGAGUCCUGAUGAGCAGAAAGAAAGGAAAAUAAUGAAAUUGCUGUUGAAAAUAAAAAAUGGAACACCGCCAAUGAGAAAGGCCGCUCUGCGACAGAUUACGGACAAGUCGCGCGAAUUUGGUGCCGGUCCUCUGUUUAACCAGAUUUUACCUUUAUUGAUGUCUCCUACUUUGGAGGAUCAAGAACGUCACUUAUUGGUGAAAGUUAUUGACAGAAUUUUAUACAAGUUGGAUGAUCUCGUUCGACCUUAUGUACAUAAAAUAUUAGUAGUCAUUGAGCCUUUAUUGAUUGACGAGGAUUACUAUGCUCGUGUGGAAGGCAGAGAAAUUAUUUCUAAUUUAGCAAAAGCAGCAGGUUUGGCCACGAUGAUAUCAACAAUGAGACCCGAUAUCGACAACAUUGACGAAUACGUCAGAAACACUACUGCCAGAGCUUUUGCUGUCGUCGCCUCUGCUCUUGGAAUUCCCUCUCUCUUACCUUUUUUGAAGGCUGUGUGUCGCAGCAAGAAGUCUUGGCAGGCAAGGCACACGGGUAUAAAAAUUGUUCAACAGAUAGCCAUUUUGAUGGGAUGUGCUAUUUUACCUCAUUUAAGAAAUUUAGUAGAAAUCAUAGAACAUGGAUUAGUAGAUGAACAGCAGAAAGUUCGAACAAUUACUGCUUUGGCUUUGGCUGCACUUGCAGAAGCCGCAACUCCUUACGGUAUCGAAUCUUUUGACAGUGUGCUCAAACCUCUCUGGAAAGGUAUUAGAACUCACCGAGGAAAGGGUUUGGCUGCUUUCUUGAAAGCUAUUGGUUAUUUGAUUCCACUCAUGGAUGCUGAAUAUGCAAAUUAUUAUACCAGAGAAGUGAUGUUGAUUCUGAUUCGAGAAUUUCAGUCUCCUGACGAAGAAAUGAAGAAGAUUGUACUUAAGGUAGUAAAACAGUGUUGUGCCACUGAUGGUGUGGAACCACAAUAUAUAAAGGAAGAAGUGCUACCUCACUUUUUUAAACAUUUUUGGAAUCAUAGAAUGGCACUUGAUAGGAGAAAUUAUAGACAGUUGGUGGAUACAACAGUUGAAAUUGCCAAUAAAGUUGGUGCUGCAGAAAUUAUACAUCGCAUAGUCGAUGAUUUGAAAGAUGAAAAUGAACAGUAUCGAAAAAUGGUAAUGGAAACAAUUGAAAAAAUCAUGGCCAAUUUGGGUGCAGCUGACGUAGAUUCUCGUCUAGAAGAACAACUUAUUGAUGGCAUUUUGUACGCAUUCCAAGAACAAACAACAGAAGAUAUGGUGAUGUUAAAUGGUUUUGGCACAAUCGUGAAUGCUCUGGGAAAAAGAGUGAAACCGUAUCUCCCCCAGAUCUGCGGUACUAUAUUAUGGCGUCUCAACAACAAAUCUGCAAAAGUGAGACAGCAGGCUGCCGAUCUCAUUUCUCGUAUAGCAGUCGUAAUGAAAACUUGUCAAGAAGAAAAAUUGAUGGGUCAUUUGGGUGUUGUACUUUAUGAAUAUUUAGGUGAAGAAUAUCCAGAAGUGUUGGGAUCCAUUCUGGGUGCUCUGAAAUCCAUUGUAAAUGUAAUUGGCAUGCACAAAAUGACACCACCUAUUAAAGAUCUCUUACCACGAUUAACUCCGAUUUUGAAAAACAGACACGAGAAGGUACAAGAAAACUGUAUAGAUUUAGUCGGAAGAAUUGCAGAUAGAGGUGCUGAAUAUGUUUCUGCAAGAGAGUGGAUGAGAAUAUGUUUUGAAUUGUUAGAAUUACUAAAAGCCCACAAAAAAGCAAUUCGUCGUGCUACUGUGAAUACAUUUGGUUACAUUGCCAAAGCCAUAGGUCCUCAUGAUGUAUUGGCGACACUAUUGAAUAACUUAAGAGUGCAAGAACGUCAAAAUCGUGUGUGUACCACCGUUGCUAUAGCUAUAGUUGCUGAAACAUGCUCACCUUUUACAGUAUUGCCUGCCUUGAUGAAUGAAUAUCGUGUUCCAGAAUUGAACGUUCAGAAUGGUGUUUUAAAAUCUCUAUCAUUUUUGUUUGAAUAUAUUGGAGAAAUGGGAAAAGACUACAUAUACGCUGUAACGCCAUUAUUAGAGGAUGCGCUUAUGGAUCGAGACCUCGUCCAUAGACAGACUGCAUGUGCCGCAAUUCAGCACAUGGCACUUGGUGUUUACGGUUUUGGAUGUGAAGAUGCCCUGGUACAUCUACUAAAUUAUGUCUGGCCAAAUAUAUUUGAAACAUCGCCCCAUUUGGUGCAAGCAUUCAUGGGAGCCGUAGAAGGAUUAAGAGUUGCGCUCGGUCCCAUCAAAAUCCUUCAAUACUCUCUUCAGGGUCUGUUCCAUCCCGCCCGAAAAGUGAGAGAUGUUUAUUGGAAAAUUUAUAACACCUUGUACAUCGGAGGACAGGACUCACUAGUCGCCGGAUAUCCCCGAGUGGCCGACGACGGACGGAACAACUUUGUCCGUCACGAACUGGACUAUAUUUUAUAAGACCGGGACCAUGUAUCUAUUGCCUUUGUGUUGUAUAUGUUGAUUUAACAUUCAUUUGGUGAAUCGUGCGUUGAUGUUCGGUCGGUGAUUUCGACAUUAAUCGUAGUUUCGUCAUAUUGAGCAAAAUUAUCGGUGCACUUAUUUAGCGAGAGCAUUUAAUAUUACGAUCUUUGGAAAGACGAGUCGAAGACGACUAUUUUUUCUUAAGAGCAUGAUAUAACCGAACUCGAUACAAAUAUGUAUUUAAUUUUUAUUAAGCCCAAAAAAAAAGGUGCAUUUAUAACUCGGAACUGUUAUUAUUUUAUUGAUUAAACAAAGAUGCAGUCUUUAAUCAUUUUAUUUUAUUGCGUAGUUAAUAUUACAUCAUGUAUUUCUUUUACAUAAUAAAUUCAAUUUUCAUCACAUUAA